CGACUAAAAAAAAUUUAACUGUUUUAGCCAAUUUGUGUUAAAAACUAAUAAACUAAAAAAAAAAUUGUUUCGACGUGAAGUAAUAUGAUGUGUUUCUUUUUGGAUUCGAGGUUUCCUUGCGACUUGAUUGAGAACCACUGGUCUAUCCGUACACAAUGUUUCGAAAAAUAAAACCUUAACCGACUAGCAGACGGCAUCUAUAACAUGGGAGUUGUGUUCAAUUAUUUACUGCAGCCUUAUUUGCUUAUCAUAAAAACACAUUUUUUUACUUUGAUCGUUUUAGUGAAACGGGGUAAUGGUGAUGAGUGUGUGCACCGACUUUUCCAACAGUUCGAGAAACAUACGAUGAGCUAUUAUACAUAUUUGUUUGACAGACUCGAAUGGUAAGAACGUAGUUUUCGCUUUCCGUCUAAUUUUGCAUUGUUUGUCUUCUUUUUUUUGUGUUUCCACUCUGACCAUGCGUAAUCACAACUUUGUUAACGCUAUGAUUCUAUCGGCCGUGAUAGUGAUCAUCGCUGCUUGCUGCUGCUCGUGUAAACCGACUGGAUCGCAGUUGAGAGCCAUUAUCCAGAAUAUACUGUUCGAGGACAGAAAGUGGGAGGCCGUUUUGUCUGAGAGGGUGCGGUUGAACCGGAACGACCCAACAAUCCAGUCGUUGGACAUAGACUACUGGGAAAUCGACUUGGAGGACAUCGACCCACUGAAAGUCUUGCAGCAGCUCAUGAGACCCACCGAACACUUCUUCGGCUCGGAAUUGACACUAAGUGCGUAUAUCGUGGAUACCGCGAUCAUGUGCUUGACGUUCAAACAUGUGUCCGUGCAUGUAGCGCUCAUUGGCCGGAUGUUAGCCCUCGAGCCGGAGAAACGGAAAAACGUCUUCCGGGCCAACGUGUUUGCGAACUUGCUGCCACGCGAAGUAGAUGUUUUAUCCUCGAUUGAAAAGAGGUACUUAGAACUAUUAAAGGUAUAUGACAAGAUCGCUCCGAUUGUGGAACAGGAGUUAGAGAAAUUCGACGGAGAACAGUAUGCGAGAAAUCUGAAAGAUGAGAUGGACAAUAUAAAUGCCAUUAUCGGAAACUCGUGCAAGAACUCCGACAUGAAGAUUUAUUUCCGUCAGCUUAAGUUCCCUUCGAUGAAUACUAAUAAUUUAGUCGACGUGAUUGGGGAAAAUAAUACUAUCACAGAAAAUGUGGACCUCAACACCAUUGUAUCGUUGUUGAAGGAUAACGAAAACGCCAUAUUUAAAAUGUAUGAAGAUAUGUACGAGCUGAGAAAUUUGGGCAUGCACAUAUGGAAGGGUAUACUAAAUUAUCCGGAUUUGCCGACGGACGGCGAAGAAUUAAAAUGGAACACUCGUCCGUCUUACCAUGAAAUGAUGUCAAACAUUCUGCGGAGGAAGCCUCAACAUUUCAUGACUGUACCUGCAAACGUGAAUGCGAAUACAGGUGUACAGUUUGUAGAAUACUCACCGGGGUUACUGGAGAGAUAAAUUAUAUUAGAAUAGAUAAUAGUACUUAUAAUGUUUUACUUGAAUCAUUAAUACAGUAUAAAUUUUAUUUCAAUAACUCUUUUAAUCGCAAUAAUUGAAGUACUUCCAAAUAAUAACCAAACACAUUGUUUUUGUUUUUAAAUUCUAUAAUUAAAAUGCAAUUAUAGUGUUUAAAUAUUAUUAUAUUAUAUAAAAUUAUCCUGUUUUGUUUAAUCUUAUUGUUAAUGUGAUAAAUUAUUAGGCU